UGUAAACAAAUGAAUCUAUUUAGAAAAACAACGAUGGAAAUCAUAAAGGGAAAAGGGAAGAAAAUGACAAUUCCUAAUGAAACUUUUGUGAAAUUAGACUUGUCAUCAUUCGUUGUUUUUUCCUCGUUUUCCCCUGGAAGGACUUCCGUGCUUGAUACGGGACUCGUGAGACCCACUUGGAAGCCACUCGUGACAGCGUGCGCGCAGCGGAAAACAUCUUGAAGACAGCCAAGUCGAAGCCCCUCAUCAGCGCCACCCACAGCUCCCAUUUGAAGCCCGCCUCUCUAGCGGGAGAGGAAGGCUCUUUUUCGGUCAGAUGGCGCGCUGCAGUCCGCCCCCGUCAUUCUCCAGCCCACACACGCAGCAGCGGAGAGGCAGCCGGCGACCAAUGCGCUGAGCCGGAGGAGGAUUUCUACCAGUGAUUUCACAGCCCUCACCAGACGCACGAGGGGGAUUCACUACGUUGGUCUGCGCCGGGACUCGGAGAGACAAAAAGCAAGACGGUGCCGUGCCUCUGCAGAGUGACUGGUCACGGUCCUGCCUCAUCCACAGCGGGGUUUGGUGACAUCGUGUUGCUCUGACCGGAGAAAGUGAGUCAACUCUCCUGGUCCAGAUCGGCAUCCCUGGGUACAACCCUCUCACACGCCCUCUCUCCUUGUGUCAGCGAGCUUCCAAACUACUGAGGCCAACUUCUGGCGUCUGUGAACUCUCCACAGCGGCAUGUCUCUGCCCCGCACUCUGGGUGAGCUGCAGCUCUACCGGGUCCUCCAGCGGGCCAACCUGCUGGCCUAUUACGAAACCUUCAUCCAGCAGGGAGGCGAUGACGUGCAGCAGCUCUGUGAGGCAGCUGAGGAGGAGUUCCUGGAGAUCAUGGCGCUGGUUGGCAUGGCCACCAAGCCGCUGCAUGUGCGGAGGCUGCAGAAGGCUCUGCGGGACUGGGCGGCCAACCCGGCCCUCUUCAGCCAGCCCGUCUCUGGGGUCCCCCUCGGGGGCAUCCCACUGUUCAAGGUGGAAGGAACCAGCGGCUCCCCCGGUGGACACAGGAAGUCUGUGAGCAACGGCCAGCCCGGCUCCCCGUGUGAGAGGGACGAGCGAGCGUGUCUCACUCCCAUGCACAGCUCCAGUCCCAGAAGCCCCUGCUCGCAGGCCUCCCCGCAGCCGCCCGACACUCAGUACCGGGACAGCCUGUCGCCCAUGGACCCGCACUGGCUCACCUCUGAGGCUGAGGGCGGCUGCCCCCUGACCUCGGCCGCCGGGGCCGAGGAGGAGCCGCCGAGCCCGCCUCCCGUCUCAGCGUGUCCGUCCCGCCUCUCGGUGUGGGCCGCAGGUCAGCUGGACGCAGAGACGUCAGGAGCGGUGGUGGAGUGCGUGGAGAAGCUCCUCAAGACGCUGCCCAGGUCAGACCCCAGUGAGGUCAAGAGCCUCUUGAGGAUGAACAAGAAGAUGGCAAAGACCGUGGGGCACAUCUUUCAAAUGGGCUCGCAGGACACCAACAAGGAGGAGGAGAUCCGCAAGUACAGUCUCAUCUAUGGACGCUUCGACUCCAAGAGGAGGGAAGGCAAGCAGCUCACAAAUCAUGAGGUAAACCCAGCAACGCUGAUCAUCAAUGAAGCUGCCGCUCAGUUCUGCAUGAGAGACAACGCGCUCUUGCUGCGACGCGUGGAGCUCUUCUCUCUGGCACGACAAGUGGCCAGGAAGUGCGCUUACACUUCCUCUCUGAAGCAGACCAGCAGAUCGAACUCCGAGGAAAAUCUAUCAACCAAGCGAGCGAGACAUGACGUUCUGGCGCCCGAGAACCUGCCUCUCCUAACGGCAGAGGGCUCAGACGGGGCGACCCCGAGGACGGACGAAGACACACUCUCCGCUGACAGUCAGUACGGCCUGUCACAUGACACAGCGACUCAGUGCAACCAGCCUCCGUCCCCCCGCCAUCACGCAGACACGUCCAGCACCGCUGCCGGCUGGAGUCGCCAUCUCAUCCAGCAGACGCUCAUGGACGAGGGGCUGCGGUUGGCUCGCAUGGUGUCACAUGACCGGGCCGGGAAGAUUAGUCUUGGUGCCGACGGAAAUCAUUCCACAGAGCUGGAGAGUAAGACAGACAGGCGGAGUCUGGGACCGGCCUCCCGACAGAGCAGCCCCUCCAUAACCAAAGAGGCCUCUAACCACAGAGGCAAGUGAACGCUGAGUCGUCCUUUCUCUCUGCCAUCCUUGCACCUGUUGAAUAAACAGCUGAUCAUAACCUCAGAAUCUUUUAAAUUCAUGGCCCCCUGCCCCGGGCUGCCGCCAGUCCAAGCCCCAGACCUGUGUUUUUGUGGGGCGAAUAGCAACGUAUGAGAUAUUCAUGAUUCUCAAGCCAGCUAAGGUCAUCUUGGUGCUUCACUGUCACCAUAACGGAGUGACUCUCAAGGGCCCUGACCGGCUCGGAGGAAAGACCUCAGUCCGUCUCAGAAGCCUCGCGCUCAAGCAGGGUGCACUGGCGCCUCCUACUGCUCAGCUACAG